ACCGUCCGAGUCAGUCGCGUUGUGUAUCGUCCGCUCGUCGACCCGCAUCACAUCUCCUCGUACGAAAAAAGAAACAAACGAAAGAAUAUAUUUGAUCAAAUAUAUCUUUAGUUUUCUACGAAACCAAAUUUCGCCAACGGAAAUAAAAAAAAAGUGUCCAGAACUCCACAAUUCCACAUCAUCGUUAUAUAACUAACAAUUCGAAGAAAAAAAACAGAGGAUCUCUUCUUCUUCUUUUUAACCGGAUCAGCAGUUCUAUAGUGUGCACUGGAUAAUAUAACAAUGAUCGGGUUGUGAUUGUGAUCCUGUGAGCUUCUGUGCAACGAGUUUGUUUUUCUUUUGUUAUCCAACAAAGAUCGACUCUGCUGCUGUGCUGCAUCUCCCACCGACAUUCAGGCUAUUACCGCUGUAGGUUCCAACGAUGGUUGCUUCUGGAAUUGAUCUCCGGGUCUUUGUAAUAAUCAGCGUUAUGGCGGUGACGAGCUUUUCCUUAUUAGCGGUUGGAGGCUCCCUUGAGGUGCCAGCGUCUAAUAACGGUGAAGCAUUCAACUGCCCUGUGGAAGUCUGUCGAUGCGGAUUGGACCCCCGCGGUCGUGUCAAAGUCGUUUGCGACCGAGGCGACCUGGGAGACCCCAUCCCCAUCAGAACUAUGGAUCCAUUGACCGAGGUGCUAAUUAUAGCAGCGCCUGACGAUAAACCAAAUUCUUUGACGAUCGGCCCCAUCUUUCAGAGUUUGGCAAAGUUAGAACAGCUGAAAAUCAUCAAUUCGUUCGUGCCGGCUAUUGGCAAGCAUUCAUUUUGGGGUCUUCGAUCUCUGCGAACCCUUGAUUUAUCGCUCAACAACAUCUCAGCUCUUGUGGAGUCGAAUUUUCGCGGUCUCAUCUCGCUGGAAGAUCUGAGGCUGGACGGCAACAUCAUAGAUUCCAUUCCGUCGGCGGCAUUCCGACACCUUCCGGCCUUGAAGCGGCUCUCUCUGGCUGGCAACCGUCUCUCGGAAUUCGUGCCCCGCCUCUUCUACGGUCUCCAUCGACUGGAGGAACUGGAGUUGAGUGACAACCCCCUGCUGCAAGACCUGGAGCCCGAAGUAUUCCGCGACGUCCGCCUCUUGCGAGCUUUGAGGUGUCGACGUUGCGGUUUGACUUACAUCAACCCGCUGCUUCUUCACUUGCUGCCAGACAUCGUCACUCUCGAUUUGGGAGAUAAUAAUUUUCACUACCUCGAUAAAAACGCGUUCGGAGAUCUUUUGAAGCUUCGACAUCUCCAUUUAGAUGGGAAUCAGGUGACCGUGCUCACCAGUGGCGUAUUAACAGGCCACAAUCUGACGACGUUGUCGCUGGCCCGGAAUAAGAUGAUGACGCUGGACCCGGCCUCAUUCAUCAACGUCAGCAUAACCGAACUGGAUCUGUCGUACAACCGUCUGCAGAGCUUGGACCCGUUCGUCUUCUUGCCACUCAACCAGUCACUUCGCAACUUGAAGAUCGGCGGUAAUCCGCUGCAAGUGUCUCAUCUCUGGUCGUCGAUUCUCAGUCCGCGAAUCCAACUCAAUCUCAGUCAAUUUGACGUGGCGGACAUCCCCAUCGGCCGCGACCAGCACUUCCAGACGGAUCUCUUCUCCUUCCAUCACGGAAUGCGGAGUCUCAAUCUCUCCGGCACUUCCUUCAAUUACCUACCAGUCGAGGUGAUCCGCUCGCUACCGUCGCUCCGCGAGCUGGACUUGUCGUACAACAAACUAUCGAGCUUGACGGAUCUCUCGCUCAGCGCCCUGUCGGCGCUUCAGAGCUUACGCCGGAUCUACUUGCACGGGAAUCCGUGGUACUGCGACGCCUGUGUCAUUGGCCCGAUGCUCAAGUGGCUGGACAUUUCACCUGCCAGCCGUCACAUCAAGGACGGCUGCCGAGGAUUAAAGACCAACGCCGGCAACUUGACGGCCGACUACAUCGACGACGACGGGGCUCAGCCGUGCCCAAUUUGUCAAGAUCCGCCGGCAGUGGCCGGAGUCGAAUUGCCUCGGCUGGAUCACGUCAAUCUGCCAACGUGCAACUAUCCGCCCAUGCUCAUCGAUUCGCAAGGGCUGCCCAGCAAGCCGGCCACUGCCGCCGGAGCCACUUUGACGCCCAUGGGCCGCUUUGUCAUCUUCCUGGAGAAUCCGCUCUAUCUGGCGCUUGUCUGUGGCGUCGGGGUGCUGGCCGUAGCGGCCGUCUGCGCCGCUUUCGCCGUAGUGUCACGCCACGCCGCCUCCUACUACACGAACGAAGAGAAGCGGAACAAGAUCGGGCAGAUGGCCGACUCGAGAGCGAGCGAAGAAUCGGAGGAUUUGUUCCCGCUAACGGCCAGGGGACAGCGGCAUCGAGGGCGCAUCGUCACCAAAGACGAGAGCAGCAACAAGGGGAACAGGAGCGAUCAGCUCAAGAAUGUGAUCGAGAUCGAAAGCCAACAGCUCAGCAAAAACAACAACGGCCGAGCGAAGAGCGACACGGCGUCAGAGCAAGUCCUGCCGUCGCCAAUAACGAGGGCCAGUAAUAACGGGGCAGUGACCAUUAGCGUCACGAGUCGUGGUGUCAACUGCCCCGUCAUCAACGCCUAUCCUUUGUCGACUGACCAUCACGAACGCUCACUCUUUUGAAGCUGUCACUCUCUAGGUAUUUCAUUCCUUCUUCGUCGUAAUGCAGUUUCAGAUUGGAUACAAACCGGGAACUGUAUUGGUUUAAAAACCCCAUCCAACCUCAAGGAAAUUGUUAGAAAGAAACCCUGCCUUUUUCGGAAUAAGUGCGAGUGUGCGGAUUUCGGUGGCGUGUGGCAUGUAAGUCGAUGCGUCGAUCUUGAUGUUCAUAUUUUACUAUACGGGGGACUGUUCCAGUGCCUUUGGGAGAUAUUUAAAAAUCGGAAAAAGUGCGCUGUUGUUCGAUUCACCCCGAAUGCGAGGAAUUCAUUGGUUCGCUCCUCACCAAUCAACAUUCAAAUUACGCCAUCUGUGUAGAAAGUCUCUCGGAUGCAACAAAUGGAAAAACAAAAUCUGGAAAUGUGUUUUAUAAUUGAAGUGCGCGGUAUAUUAUAUGCUUCGUGUGACAUGAACGGCAUAUAUAGCAGCCAGUUUUUAAUUUAGUUUUUUUAAAUUUCUUCGUUUCGUCUGUGGAGAAAUGGUUUGCAAGUGAGUGAAAUUAAGGCCCAACUUGUCCGAACAAAUGAAUAUGUUAAAUUGAUCUGGCAGUGUGUGAACUGUACAUAUAUACACAUGAGAUAUCCGUCUGAAUCCGACG